AAACAUGGCGGUUGAGCUGCAGUUGAGAUUUGUUGCCAUGUGAAAUUUGCUGGUAAAUAUGAUGAAUUUACAAUUUAAACGUAAUAUUUUUGCGGUAUAAUCCGUUAAGAAGUUACCUAAAUGCCGUUAACUUUACCCAACGGCUGUGUGUACUGUAACACUUGGACCGUUACUCUAUAGUUUAGUCCUCCUCAGACGUUAACGCUGGCUAAUUCUGAUCUGACAACCACGUUGUAAAUGGCAAUGGUGAAAACCCCACGUGAUAAUGUGGGUCAAACCCCUGUGAAAAAGAAGAGGAACAAGGGCAAAAUAACCUACUGCAUCUUGUGUCGCAAGCAGCAUUUGAAACAUGAAGCGCAGCAUCAUGUGCAUAGUAUGCUGCAUCACAGAGAGAUCGAGACGGUGCUGGGCAAGGAUUCACGACAUGAAUGCCACGCAUGUAUGGCCGCCUCCAUGGGUUUAAAGGAGUUCGCUCAGCACAUCGCCACGGCUCAACACAAAGCCAAUCUGAAGAUCUUGGUGUCUAGAAAAGAAAAGCCCCUCUGGCUGUCCAAGGCUCUAGGCGAAGAGGCGUUGACCCGGAUCCUGGAACGAAACAAAGCACUAAGAAAAGACGAGAAGAAAGCAUUGAAAAAGAGAAAAAAGAAGCGGAAGCAGGCAGCUGGUCAGAAGCAGGCAGCUGGUCAGAAGCGUGCAGAAAUGCAACCGAGAGCCAGCAAAAAAAACAUGGCGGCGUCCAAAAUAGCAAAAUUGGAAAAGUCCAGACAGGAGAAUAUGAGGACACGGCAACAGGUGACCUACCAGCAAGGAAGAAUCAAUGCAGUUGUUCAGAACAAAGAGAAUAAAGUGUCCAGUCAGCAAAGGCCUUUUCAGCAAAGAGAAUCUACUCUGCAGAAUCAAAGCGGAAGAUUGGCUUGUUUUUCAGAAGAGCCUGCUCCAUGUUGCCCUUCUCUUCGAGACCAGUUCACCCAAUCAGCCCAGCAGCCGAUUUAUGACAACAACUACUCUGUCAAAGCUGAGAGCUCCCAAACAGACAUAUAUGUUAGAAGACCACACAACACCCAAGGAGGAACCACUAACAAGCCACAGCAAUCAUGGACUCAAAUCAGCCAGCAUGACUAUUACAACAAGCAGUACGACGUUGACUUCACCAGCGAUCACCUUCCUCAAAAUGGAGCCAUCGUCUUCGGCCCCAAUGACAGUACGAGAUCUCCUCAGCCGGGACAAGAACCUUCAGCUCACCCUGCUUCUGCAAACGCCAACGCGGCUCCUAUACGGGAGGUCGACGUCAGUUCGAUGCUGCGGCAAAUCAGAAGAGCGCUGGGUCUGAGGGAGCCGUGCCGGGCCGACCGGGAAGCUCGGAAGCAGAACAGUCAGACAGGUGAUCACAGCCGCGCGCAACACGCUGGAGCGGAGAAAGAGCAGCCAAUGGGUGACUCCUACGCCAAGGAGACUACUCUUUCUAAUCCAAAGCAGGCAACUCAGCAUUGUGAGAAGAGCUCAACGUUUUCAAGUGACUCGGAUGGACCCUCAAACAGCACGGAGCGAGAAUCUGAGAGGCCCCUGGACUCCAAGACUUCUAUUAGCCAGUGUUUGACCCCGCCCUCUGAGUCCAACCUGAACGUCACCCGCAAGGUUCGGAUUGCCCACGGAUCAGCCAAAGUUCAGCAGGGAACAGAGGCUGUGCUUAAAUCAACCCUGAAUAAGUUGCUUAGCUUAUCAGGGGCCAAGAGUAAGAUAAACUUAAGGGAAAUGCAUCAGGAGAUGAUAAGAAGGAAGACGGAGCGGUUCAAAGGCAUGCCCAGGUUUGGAAUAGAGUUGACAAACCGUCUGUCGGGCCAAGAAAGCUCAACACAAGCAGAGGACAGAGACACGACUCUGUCUGAAGGCUUCCACUGGGAGUCGGUCGCAGAUAGUUCUUCAGGUGCAGACUGCAUCGAAAUUCCUCUUCUGCCUCAGGAGACAACGUAUAAUGACUUUAACACGGAAACAGAGUCAGGUCAUCAGAUGCAGGAGCCUGUGGAGCAGCCUGAUGCAGCACAGGAAGGCUGCAGCCAUCAGACGGUCGGAGCCGUCUCUGUGAAGACGGAGGCCAGCUUUGAGGGUGAGAAUGGAGAUUUGAGAGCCAACAGUAGUGCAAGCAAGAGGAAACAACAUGUGUAUGAAGACAUUUCUGAAAAUGAGCCAAGUGGCAGAAAGAGGAAAACAAAGUCAAACAAAGCAGACCAGGACCAAAUGGACCAGCUGCUGGCUGUGUCUCUGAGGGAGGACGAGCUGAGCCACUCGCUGCAGGAUUUGGACAAGUCUCUGGUCCAGGCCCGCAACGCCCUGCAAGCUGCCUACACAGACGUCCAAAGACUUCUGUUAUUGAGACAGCAGUUUACUGCUGAGGUCAACAGUCUGAGAGCCAAGCGCAUUGAGAUCCUGCAAGGAAUGAAAGCCAGCACCUCAUCAGCAGCGUCUGCUGCUUCCCCAAGACCCUCUCCCCUCCCUUCUCCUGGUGCCUCCAGCCAUCAGCCAUCCCCAUCAAACCCUGCAUCUUCCAUUAGCCCGCUUGCUCUGCCGAACAUGCCAGUAAAGAAAGAAGGCUUGCCAGCAUCCACAGCUGGUCAGGCCAGUCCGUUUGCCAAAACAGUCCCCUGUAACUCUGAACCACUUCAGGCUCCUGUGAAGCCGCCGGUGCCCUCGUUUCCCCCUGAGUUGCUCCCUACUCUGCUUCCACCACCGCCACUCAUAGCUGCUCCUACAGCUGCUGUUACCUCUCUCAACCCACUCAGAACAGGCUGCUCUCCAUCAGCAAGUGCAAAAAACAAUUUCCCUGAAUCAUCUGCCAGGCAGCAGACAGUGAGCUUUGUAAAAGGAGAAGCACUGACAGUUGACAGUGAUUCUGAGGAAGAGACAGGACGACGUCAAGCCAAGGAAAAUGAGCCAGCAGCAGAGGUGCCAGUCUCAACAUCUGUUCCCAAAAGUGGUCAAAACGUACCUGCUGCUCCGCCAGAAGACAAUGGAGGGAACGAGAGCGACACCUCUGUCAAAAUGAUGGAGUCCCCCGACUGGGUGAUCAUUGAUGUCGCUGAAUCAGACAGUGACGGUGCACUAAAUGUUCCACCAGUCCACCAAGAGCCUCCUCAGAAGUCCAUCAGUGUGGAGUUCAGUCCUUCAAGCAAACAGACGGCUCAGCAAAAUGAUGCCGAGAGGAAAGUUCAGCCGACGUCUGUGCCAUCAAGUGUUGACAACGAUUCUUUAGAUUGUGUUGAGGUUGUCGAGGAUGAAGAGCCUUCUGUGGGAGCUUUUGAAAAUCACACAGGUCCUGUCCACGGCCUCCAAGUUCACCGGGGAAGAUUGUACACAUGUUCAGGGGACAACACAGCACGGGCCUACAGUCUGACGAACAGGGAGUGCCAAGCCGUGUUUGAAGGUCACACAAACAAAGUCAACUGUCUGCUGGUGUCGUCUCUGCCAAACAUGCCGGCGCGUCUCUACACCGGAUCCAGUGACCAGACGAUCCGCUGUUACAGCACAAAGACCACAAAGUGUCUGGAGCAGAUCUCUCUGUCAGACCGAGUGUUGUGUUUGCACAUCGGCUGGAACAUCCUGUAUGCCGGACUCGCUAACGGAUCUGUGGCUAGUCACGAUGUACAGACUCUGAAGCAGCUGGAUGUGUUUGAGUGCCACGGCCCGCGAGGUGUGAGCUGUCUGGGUACGGCGCAGGAGGGCGCCCGCAGGGUGCUGCUGGUCGGCUCGUAUGACAGCACCAUCAGCGUACGAGAUGCCAAGAGCGGCUUGUUGCUGCGCUCGCUGCAGGGUCACACCAAAACUGUACUCUGUAUGAAGGUGGUGAAUGAUCUGGUCUUCAGCGGCUCCAGUGACACAUCUGUCCAUGCUCACAACAUCCAUACUGGUGAGUUGGUUCGUAUCUACAAGGGUCACAAUCACGCCGUCACAUCGAUCGUCAUUUUGGGGAAAGUUAUGGUGACCGCCUGUCUGGAUAAACUGAUCCGAGUUUAUGAGCUGCAGUCUCAUGACCGCCUGCAGGUGUACGGGGGUCACAGUGACAUGGUGAUGUGCAUGGCUGUGCAUAAGAGCAUGAUCUACACAGGCUGUUACGAUGGCAGCAUUCAAGCUGUGCAGCUCAACCUGAUGAAGAACUUCCGCUGCUGGUGGCAGAAUUGCACUCUGAUGUUCGGCAUGUCGGAGCAUCUCGUACAGCACCUCGUCAGAGAUCAUAGCAACCCCAACCUGCAGGCCGUCAAAUGUCGCUGGAGAGGCUGCAGCUCAUUUUUUGGCACACAGCAGUCUGUUAGAGAGAAGCUGCCGGAUCACAUGCAGAGCCACGCGGAGAACGACAGCAAAGUGCAGCCUUGACGGCAGCAGCAGUGAAGUGAUGCAGUAGAUAAGGUCGGAUCCAUCACAACACAUCAGCUGAAGUUCUUUUCAGGAUUUCCAGUUUUACUUUUCCGUUAUUAUAAGCUGUUGUAUGACAGAUUUUAGACAUUCACUCAGUCCUGCUGUUAAAAUAAUUAUCUUUAGCUGUCUUCCUAAUCAGUUAUUUGCAGUGUAAUGUGAUGAAUAAUUAAGCUUCAUUCAAGGAGUUGAAUUAUUAAUUACUUUUUGUUCUUUUUGUUUUUCACCGUGAACACACCGUAAAUACAACAUACAGUAAGCCUCUGUAGACUGUAACAGGAAGCUAAUUAUUCAGAACGUUUAACAGCUAUGCUUGCUUUUGCGAAGCAGCUUAAACUGUGAACUGCCUCCAGAAUGAUCUUGUUUAAAUCUGUUAUGACUCUGAAGAGGAGGUUAUAGAUGUUUAAUAUCAUCUGUUGAGGAACAGCAAAGCGAGAUGCCACAGCCUGAAUCAGAAUCAACAUUUAUUUAGUUAUACAUCAAAUUCCAACACCAAGUUUGUGUAUCCGUCUGAACACUAAAGAGUUAUUUCAAAGGAAUAUUCCACCGAUUUAGUACUGGACUCCUGUCACAUUGUCAGACUCCCGAUGGAUGGUGGGGGGACGAAAAGAAUCAAGGUUGUUGUAGCAGAACCACAGAUGUUUAUUUCAUGCAUUCAGCUUUCUUGUUAAAGGUUGGAAGCUGCACUACCCUGUAGAUUUGGGUGUGUUUAUUUAAGAGAGGCUAUUGUGGUCUGGAGCUGCUGGAUUAGGACAUGAAACUGGUUAGCUCCAUUCUUUCAAACUCCUCAAAUGUAGCCGUCAAACCCGACCAAAGGCCGACUUAAGUGACAUAACUUGACGCAAUUUAUCAGCUGAACUCAGAACUUUUGUUCCACAUAUGCAGCAUCUCCCCCUACACCUGUAAACAGACUGAUCUGGUGCAGAUCCCCUUUAAUGAUAUGCAAGUGUCUGAAAUGUCAGGACUACACAAAACCUCAGAUAUUAAGGAUCCUUCUAGUUCACAUUACGAAGGAUCUGUCUGGGUUAGGAGGAUUGUCAGGAGGUUUUUUAAAUUCUUUAAGACAAAAAAAACCCUCAAAAUAUAAGAAUAAAGGACCUGAGCUGAAGGGACAUAAAUGAAGGCUCAAUGGUGGAAACAAACAUGCUGAACUUGCUGGUUAACGGUUUAUUUAUAGAAGGUGCAGUUUGGAAAGUAACUCUUCAACAAUUUACAAUCCAUAUAUGGUAUUUAGCAACCUGUGCUUUGUUUAUAAAGAAUAAAAGUUGAACCUCUACCCCCCCUGAUUUCAAGUCAGAAUUCAGUGUAUCAAUGUAUCCUUAGUAACUUCCUGGCUCAGACUGUUGUCUCCUGUCACACUUGAAUUCCUCCUGUACACUGAGGAGUUUUUUUUUUUUUAAAUAUGUUUUUCAUCCUUACAUAUAUAAACCAUCUAUUUAAUUUAUAACUUUUACAUCUUCACAUUUACUGGAGAGAAUUAUUCGAGGCUUAGUAUUCGUUCCCUGUAUCACUUUGUACAACAUGUUUGAACAUUCGUUUUGGGCAUUAGAAGAAGUCGUAGUGGAAGUUUUCCGACCAAACUGUCCCCAGAGUAACUUCGUACAAUGUUGUCAAAGUCAUGCCUUAAUUUUUUGUAUGUUAUACUGUACAGUGUGUGUUUGAUUGUGUUGAAUACCUACUGUAUGUGUACAGCAAUAAAAAUACAAAUAUCA